AAAGGAGAGAAGAGGAAAAAAACCAACUUAAAGAGGAAAAAGAAAAAGCAUUGCCACACAUACAGCAAAUAACUGUUAUCUGCCAUAGCAAUAGAGAUAGCGAUUACGCUUUGAGUACCGUUAACAGCGUCAAGCAUUGCGCUCAUUGCAGACAGAGCAAAGCUCAAAGCUUUUCAAACACAACCCCACUCAGCGCAGCGCGAGCACUCACUCUGAGUGCAAGAGAUCGAGCACACACAGCCAGCCAGAGUGAGCGAGAGCGACACUGAGUGUUUGUGAGUGCAAGACAAAGAGAGAGCGAUUGCAAGAGAGCAGACGGCAGCAGAGAGCGAGUGUGUGUCGUCGGCAGCGACGCCAACUGAACGAAAAACUUCACCCACUGAUUGUGCGAGCACUGAGCGCGCGCGCGUCGCACGUAGGCAAAAAAAAAGAGGAAAAAAACAACGAAAAGAGGGGAAAAUAUAUCGUCUGUCAAAAUGUUUGCUGUAAUGCGAAUCGACAACGAUGACUGCCGGUCGGAUUUCCGUCGCAAGAUGCGUCCGAAGUGUGAGUUCAUUUGCAAGUAUUGCCAGCGGCGUUUCACCAAGCCCUACAAUCUGAUGAUACACGAGCGCACGCACAAAUCCCCAGAGAUAACAUAUUCCUGUGAGGUCUGUGGCAAGUACUUCAAGCAACGUGAUAAUCUGCGUCAGCACAGAUGUAGUCAGUGUGUUUGGCGAUAAGCUAAAAUAUCAUAAAUACAAUAUAUAUAAAUGAAAAAAAAAAAAAGAAAAAACGCAAAAAAAAAGAAACAACAACAAUACACAGCAAUAUAUAAUAUAUAUAUAUAUAUAUAUAAAACGCAAAGCAACAUCUGAUAUCUAAGCACCGCAGCACCAACAACAAACAACAACAAAUGCACGCAAUAUUACAA